AUGGCUCUUGGGAUGCGUUUGCAGGAGGGUCCCAGUCAACCCGACAGUGGCAAGGAUCCAUUCAUUCCACCAGUCAAAAUGGCGCGUUCUCGUGUUGUGAUUUACUGCACUGUCCCACCUGGGAGUGGUACGAACGCUAUUGGAAUUAUCACAUUGGAUGGACAAGCAACCACUGUAACGCGCCAGACUGGCCCCAGCGCCGUCUAUGCCGAUAUGUGGUUUGAUUCAGGUCAAAUAGCCAACAUCCAACAUACCAUUACCAUUGCAAACGGCGGAUCGUCUUCAGACAGCCCGUUGAUGUUUGACCGCUUUCAUGUUGAAGGAGAUACUAUCCUCAAUAGUACGCCAGUUGCACCCGCCCCGCCUCCGAGUCCGACUGUUGCACCCCAAACCUUGAGGCUCACGUCGCUCUCUGUUUCCGUUUCUGUCGUCACAACCACUGUUCGACAUAGCUCUUCUUCAAUAUCAUCUAUCGCAUCCUCACGAAAGUCUUCUUCCACUUCUUCCUCGUCUUCAGUCUCAACAAAUUUAACGGGAACUUCUACAUCUCAAUCGUCGUCUACAACUGGUAUAGGAAGCUCCGCUGACAAAACGGUUACCUCCAUACAAUUUGUAACAACCGCCGCCGAUGGAAAUGUAGCCACUCAGUCGGUCAACCCAGCUCAGGAGGAUGCCACAGGUAGUUCUUCUACCAACGUGGGCGCCAUUGCAGGGGGUGUGAUUGCAGGCAUUGUAUUGAUUAUUGCCUUUAUGCUCUUCCUCCUAUGCCUCAGGCGCCGUCGACGCAGUUGUGGCGCUCCAUUUAUGCAAUUGAACAGAAGCAACACAUCAGUUGUUCCUCGUAGGAUGACAGAUGUUACUCCGUUCCAACGCGCAAGUCAACUCGAGCAACCUCCUGAGCAGCAAGACCCUGAAAUGAGCGAGGUUGCACCUGCCUCGAGUACUUCAGACCAUCACGACAACGGUACCGUUGUUAGGCGCUUCCCUGAGAAGAAUCCGGCAUAUUAUGGCAGUAACACGGUGCAGUCACCCGUAAGCCUUGACACAUACGCGCGGAACCGCCUACAAGCACAGUACGGCGAUAUACUCGACCAUCAGUCAAGCAGCUCUAUGUAUGCAACGACUAUCUAUGCUCCGCCGGAAUCAAGCAACAGACCACCAUCAUACCAGAGCGCAAGGCCCCCUGGGAGCGCAACGCGGCGCUCCUUUCCACAUCGUGAUGAAAAGAAUACUCCUCCAAUACCCAAUGGUUCUUAA